UUUGAGACCGCAUAAAACGCUUGCUCAUCUUCAUCCCUUCCAAAGGUUUCGUUCAAUCGUUUUCCGAAAUCUCAAAUUUCCCUUUGGGCUUCGGCAACAAACCCCCGUGAAUUUAGACUUAAUCCUGAUGCAACUGCAACCAUGAAACUGAGACUUAGAUCCGUCGAAUCCAAGCAAACCCUCAGAAUCGAAGUUCCCACACCUUCUACUCUCCAACAACUUCAAGAAACCCUCUCUCAAUCAAUCUCCUCUUCCUCUUCCUCUUCUCUUCAUAUCUCUCUCAAUCGCAAGGACGAGCUCCAGGCCUCCUCACCCGAGGCGUCCCUGCACUCCCUCGGAAUUACCUCAGGUGACCUUCUCUACUUCACCUUCGAUCCCGCCGGCUUCUCCUCUUCUCCAAUCCAAACCCGGGUCCGAGAUUCCGUACAAAACUCUCAAGCCCUAGCCCCUAGAUUCUCUAAUCGAGACACCGGGUCUGAAAUUACUCGAGAACCUAAGACCCUAGGAGAAAUGUCCUCGAAUCCAGAAACUCUAAUUCCUGAUCCGUCCGUACAAGGGCUGCCAGAAUGGCCUGAUGUUGCUGACUCCGACAUGAGUGAUUCAACUAUUCUUCAGGAACAGGGCGGGUCCCUGGUGUCGGAUUCAGAUUACGAAGAAACCCUAGAAAUUUCGAGUGCUGAAACCGUGGAAGUGGCUGAUGGGUCGGUUUCAUCAUCGGGGAAGAAGUUUUACGAGCGGUGUUUUCUGAGAAGGAUACUGGGGGAGGAAUUGGGCGAUUACGGCGGGGACCACAAGCUCUUGGUGAUUGCGGUUCACGCGGUUCUUUUGGAGUCCGGUUUCGUCGGAUUCGAUUCCAUCUCCGGUAUUCGGAUCGACCGUUUUCAUCUUGCGGAUGAGUGGCCUUCGAACGCGUUCACGAUGUCGCUUUGUUACACUCUGCCAGAGCUCCUAGGUAAUGAUGAUGGAUAUGCUGCUAAGGUGCCUGAAAGUGUUGUUUUGAAGUUUCAGAGUUUGGGGCACUUUAUCAAUAUUUACGGGUCUCUGGCUGGGGGCAAGUCGGGGUUGUACAGGGUGUGUUUGAAUGAGAAUAGGUUUGCGCCGGCGAUAGGUUUGGCGAACGGCGAUUCUAGUGAUAGGACUAACGACGAAGAUGGGUACCCAGAAAGUGAGGUUUUUGAGUUUUGGAAGAUUGUGAAGGAUGGGCUUGCAUUGCCACUCUUGAUUGAUCUCUGUGAAAGGGCUGGGCUAGUGCCUCCCCCGUGCUUCAUGCGCCUCCAUGCGGAGCUUAAGCUUAAGAUUUUGGAGUCUCUUCCCGGAGUCGAUCUGGCAAAGGUGGGAUGUGUGUGUUCGGAAUUGCGAUAUUUGUCUUCCAACAAUGAGCUGUGGAAACGCAAGUUUGAGGAGGCAUUCGGAGGGGGAGGAGGAGGGAUUGCAGCGCGGGAAUCGAUUCCAUGGAAGGAUAAGUUUGUGUCGGAGAGCAACAAGAAGAGGAAGAGGGAAGCUUGGUCAUGCCGAGGGGUUUUACUACCAGUAAGAAGGGACCCUAAUCCAAUCGGGUUUCCUCCUCCAAUGGUGGGGGGAGAUUAUGACCGCCUGCCGGGUCUUGGCGUCCCGCUUCACAUUGGACGACAUACCGUGGUAUUUCCGCGGUUACAACUAAGGCGGAACUUCACACCACGUUGUAUUCUGGGACCAGGAGGUACCGAUGUCUAGUUUGGUGGCUCAUUGUUCGUGUUCUGUUAUCAUGCAUCUAUCUCUCUCUCUAUAGUCUAUAUAUAUAAGUACGAUGUUCAGACGUAUUACUAGAAUGUCAAGCUUAGUUUGCUUUGAGAGUUUAUGUGGAGGAACUUGGAUUCUUCUCUCUUUUUUUAUUUUUUGAAUAAGUAAUUUUCUUCUAAUUGUUAGUAGUGUGGAUGACGUUUGCAAGGGAAAAUGAAUGAUGUUCUCUUCUUAAUAAUGGUAUUUCUACUUCACUAA